AUGUUGUGGAUCAACUCCCGCGACAGCUCACAAAGUGAACGAUCUUUCCUGACCAAGCUCGACCGUUGGAACUGACAACAGCAAGAAUCCUGUGCACCAAGGAUCAACCGCAGGCUCUUACAAAAGCAGCCACUCUCGAUCCUCCAUUGGAUGGACAGCUGCAGCAACACUGUAUCAAAGUACCAGUAAAGGAUCAUCAUGGCACAAGUGUUUCAAAGGAUAUUAUCCAAGGCAUCGUUUGGGGUGUUUCUGUGGGCGCUGUUGUCGCUAGGACCCGUUCAUGGUGGCAAUAUUACAGUAAACGAUACCGAUGCCGACUCGGAGAUUCGAGGUGGAUCUCCCAGUCCUGCCCUGUCUUACUAUGGAGCUUUUUCGGGAGGCAACACGGUGUGUGGUGCUGCCUUGAUUCACGGAGACAUGGCCAUUACAGCAGCUCAUUGCGUGGCCAAUGGGAUUCCAGCUGGUUUGCGCUUCAAUUCGGAACAACGCACCACUGGGGGGACAGUGGUGGGUGUGACAGGAGUUGUACGUCAUCCCGGGUGGACUGGUAGCAUUACCAGUUUUGACAUUGCCAUUCUUUUGCUGAAAGAAUUGGUGUCUCUGCAGCCAGUAACACUGAAUUCUGAUGGAUCGAUACCCUCUAGCAAUGGCGAACCGAUGCGGGCCAUGGGAUUUGGAUUGACUGGUGAUUAUUCGGGUGUUUCCAAUCGACUCUUGGCCACCGAUAUUCCUCAUAAAAUCGACUGCUACGAUCAAUUGGGAUCCAAUUUUGUGCCGAGCCGAAUGAUCUGCGGAGACUCGAGAGAAAAAGCUACCUGUGGAGGAGACUCUGGUUCACCGAUUAUGGUCCCUGGCACAACCAUCCAAAUUGGGAUCAACUCCUUCUCCAAUGGCGGCUGCAAUGGCCAAACGGUGGAUGCCUACACCCGCGUUUCAACUUACUACAGUUGGAUUCAAAGUCAGAUUUGCAUUCACUCUCGGAGCCGACCAUCAACGUGUGACGGAGAUCCCAGUCCCACGCCACAACCCGCAUCGGGUCCUGCACCCGCACCUGCGCCACAGCCCACCAUUGGAACAUCUCCUUCCGAUUGCAUCUACAGCAUUUUUGGCUUGCCAAUAGCUUUCAGGAACACCUUGUUCAACUUUUGGUACGGUGUGGAGCAAUUUGCUGCCGCGACAGAGCCAGGGCAAGACGCGGAACCAUGAUACGGUAGUACCCACAAAGCCUCGUGAGACAUAUAUACAUUGGCAGGGAGCUGCAGACGAAGCUAGCAACCCCUCAUCCGUACAUAGAUCGUCUAGGUACGAGAAAAACGGACUUUGUGACAAUGUUGUUCUGGGGAGUAAACGGCGGAACGCAUCGAAUGGCUGUAAGGGCCAUUGGCGGCAGUCCGACAAACCACAAAUAGCUUUAGUCAGCUACUACAUACGGUACGACUGCUGCAUUAAUAAUGAAAGAUACUUAUAAGAUGGAAUUUGAAAAGACAU